AUGCAUCGAAUAUGUCAAUUAGUCCCAAAAAUAUCAACAUUAACCACCAACCACCUUGUCAAUGCAUCAUUUAAACAACAAGUACGACACUGUGCUAGUUACUCAACUCAGCGUCAUCAUCUGUCCAUUUCUGAUAAAUUCCGACUAACCAUGUCACGAUUGGCAUCACCAGCAAUGGUAUUAACAUCAGCAAUACCCAUGAUCAAAUCUACUAGCACCAGCCCUAGCACCAGCACUGCACCUCCAGUAACUGAUGACAAGUCACACAUUGACCCCAAGCAAGACCUCCAUGGCAUGACAUUAAGUUCCGUUUGUUCAUUAUCAGUUCACCCCAACCCCUAUCUCGAAUUCAAUUUACAUUUACCGUCAUAUACAUCCACAGCAAUACAUAACCACCAGUAUCUUGCUAUACAUCUUAUGCCACCGACUCGACAUAGUGCCAAGAUAUGUCGUGUUUUCGCCAAGGGUGUUAAAUUGAAUAAACGGGGAACCAAAUGGACCAGCAAACCAAUUACAAAAGCACAACAAUCUGUCGAUAACGACGUAAAAAAUAACAAAAACAACGAUGAAGAUGAUGACGGUGAGAUUUUCCACGAAAUGACGACUCCAUUCACCAACCUAGUCGAGGAUCAAGACUAUACAUUCAUCAAAAAACACGACGAAAACAUAGCAAUCCCCAUCUUAUCCCACGCUGAACUGAUUUUCAUCUGUAAAACGACGCACAAUUUCACCAUUGACGAUCAUGAAAUCUGGGUUGCUAAAGUGAUUGAUGUGAUAACUGACCCGCACUUGCACAAGAGUGGCGGGUUGUUGUAUUUCAAUAAAGGGUUCCAUAAAAUUGGUGAAACGUUAUCUGAAGAGUAG